GAUGUUUUGUUGUAAAUGUCAAAAAAGUGACUUCAAUUAACCGAAGUGUUUUCAAUAAUACAUUCGCUACAGAUCGCCUCAAUGUGGCCUUAUCACAGCGGUUUAGAGUUGACGUUUUAAUUGGUUUUUGUUUCAGGCCGCUCAGAUAAUCGGUGAAAAAAAAAACCCUCGAGUCCGUAACAUCACUAUAACUAGCGUAUAGUCCCCAAAAUAGUGAAAGUGGGGCCCCAUUUGAAGCGUUCUUUCACUCCCCCAUCAUGUUCGCCGUCCAUCGCUUUGUGAGCCUCUCUGUGAUAAUAUUUAUUAAGGGCAUUGGCAGUGUUACGGAAGCCCAUGGUUCUAUUUAUAGCGGUGUAGAUGUUUGUAGCGACUCUGGACACACAACGUUAAACGACAAAUGGCGGGAAAUCGGUAAUGGCGGAUCCGGAAACUGUGACCAAGGACUUCCGGAAGGAUGGUACAAGUUCCAGAUCAAUGGGAAACCGGCCAAGAUACCUACACUGUGCAUUAAGAACAAGGCCUGCGGGACGGUGGUGCCGCUGAGGGUGGACCUACACGAGCAGCAGGUGCCCGCCGUGAACCACUCGCUCCGUGUGUCUGUCUGUGGCUCCUAUACGAUCCUCGGCAAGUGGGACUGCUGUGUACUCAGGCGGCCCGGGAUCCUCCACAACUGUGGUGACUUCUUUGUGUACCACCUGAGUCCCCCCGACAGGUGCGAUGUGGGAUACUGUGUAGUCGGAGGAGAUAAUCCAAUGGCGCUUCACGCCUUCACAGCCAAAACAGGGGAGCCUUCUGAUGACCCACCCCACCCUACCUACCGGGUACCUGUCAGUCCCACGUAUACCACGCAAGGAAGAAAAAAAUGUACGGCCAGUGAGCGACAUUGUCCUAACGGUUGCGUCCCAUUAUCCCAGAGCUGUCCAAUGACAUUAGACUUCAACCCGUUGCCAAAGAGAAUAGUGCAUACAUUUGACACAAUAAGACAGCCCCACUUUUUCACGAAGAAAGUCAGAACGACUCUCUUAACUACUACAACUGAUACUGAUAACGAGAAAACCACUAGUGACCAAAACAAAAUGUCGGUGUCCACCACCCCACCAUCCACCACCCCACUAUCCACCAUCGAGGGCAGGGGGAUCAUAGAGACCACUUCUGACCAGAACGAUGUAUCCAUGUCCACUAGAGAGCAGCCUACCACCAGCCGAACCGACCCUAGGGGGACAUACACUACAGUGAUUUCCUCCAUCACUUCCGGUUCCGGUCCCAGGAAACAUCUCACCAGCCCGGAUAUCCGAGUCACUGUCGUUACUGUGGGUGAAAACAACGUCACACAAACGUCAACCAACCCGCCUGUAGCCCCUAAAAACGCGACCCACCAAAACUACACGGAGGUCCUGAUUGACCAAUCAGAGACCACUAAAGUGGCGGCCAGGGACCAUGACAACCAGAAUGAACAGCCCGCGGCAGAUGAGUCGUAUUGUGGGGUAGUCUUGGCAUUUGAAUUCGAGGCUUCCUAUUUGCAAGAUACAAACUUCACAAACUUCCGGAAGAAACUACAAGUCGUGUUCGCCUCUCUACUCAACAUCUACUACGUGGAGGAUCACGGGGUAUAUCUGAAGGGACUAUUUUCUUGGCAGAUGAGGUAUCAAAGGGAAGCGUCCAAAUCCUACACCUUCUCGCACGUGCACUUUGGUCGCGGAGUUCACAACGAAUCUCUGUAUUACAUCACAGUGUUUGCGGAAGACAUUUUCAAUAGAGUUCUGUACUUACCAGAUAGAGUACUUGUGACCCUUCUUCAAAACGCAACAGUGACGGCGUAUAUUCAGGACGAGAUCAGAGAUUUUCACGCUACGUUCCUUAACCUGACCACCCAGAGCCUCGAUGUGAGCCCCGGGGAUCACCCGAGCCUCCCGGCACUGCUGGACAACCUCGCGCUGUGCGUUUCCCUCGUGGUUCUUUUCUCCAUCAUCUUCAUAUGUGCACUUUUCGCGGUGUUGAAAACGAAGAGCAAGAACCGGUGUAUGAAGCUCCGCAGGAAGUCUGGCCAGUAUUAUGUCAAGUGGGAAAAGGCAUUAAAACGUGAUGUAUGUAAAGGGAUCGUGUAUAUAGAAAAUCCAACCAAAGACACGUGUAUUGUAAAGGGGGACAACUCUGUGAACCAGACUCUGAUUGGUCCACGGGAACGAGGCUGUCCGGAAGAAGAGGACAACCUUGUGAAUCAGCAGCGCGGUAAUCAGUUUCCGGGACUUCCGUCACGGACGUUUCCGUUUCCAGAGUGCAAUGAUCUUGUAUUCAUUCCAGGCGUGCAAACAAAGUUAUAGCACCACAUUCAUAUUUCAGCCAACACAACGUCUCAGCAGGUUUUUUUUUAAAUACGUGAUGAAGGAUAUUUGAGCAAGAGAUAAACUGGUCCCAACACUUGAAUCGUUUUCACUUACUGAGUGACUGAAGACAUAUUUUGAAGUCCUUUGUUACAGCUUCAUAAACUAAAUGGCCCUUAGUCUAUAUCUGCAUAGCAGUGAAAGGGUUGUACAUGUAUGCACGUGUACAUGUCUGCACGUGCAGGCUUUGCUAAAGCACGGGCAUUGCUUUCCAUUGUGGACAUUUUUCCAGGGAGUUUAUAAUUAUAUGUUGUUAAUAUUUAUUUUACACAUCAUUCUUAUCGUUGCUGUAUAUUUUUUGCAAUGUGCUUUUGUGUUGAUUCUGAAGUGUGUUCUGGGUAAUAUUACCCAUUAUUUAUUUAUGCAUUUUGAAGAUAUCUUUUGUUUACAGGUACAUGUACUUACAUAGAUGGAGCGAUGUAACGCUCAAUGUGUCAGUGUCAAACUGUUCAUUUUAAUUUACUACUUCAAGUGUUCAAAACAUUAAUAUUUGAAUGGUAUUGUACGAUCGGUAUGGUUUAAUGUUGUACAGUUUAUCGCUAUACCGAGUACGUAUUCAGGGCUUGCAAUGAAAACUGUAUCGCCAACCAAAUGGUGCUACACAAUAAUGAACAUUUUUUUUUACGUAUUUAAGAAAAGAAAAUCAAAAGUAAUGCCAGGGUAUAAGGUUUAGGGUAAUGGAUGUUUGAUUUGAUAUUCUCGCUUACACAUAAGAAAUGUUAGGACUACAUGUCUACCAUAUCUACAUCUGUAAGAUAUCAAGCCCAUGUAAGCGAGGUCUCAGUUUUGAGAUGUGCGGUAAAUGGCGGACAUGGAGAAACGACGGA